AUGGCGCAGCCAACAAUGGAGAUGACGAAGGAGGAAAUUGAGGAGGCCUGCCUCAAGGGUGACCUCAGCAGGCAAUGGGAGUGGCACUCAACCUUCCGGGAUGCUGCAAAGAACAUGUACAGAACAAACACAUUCGACGGUCUGCACAUGAGGGAAAACUGCGUACUCUGAUUUUUUUCAACUUCUGCUUAGUCUUCGUAGCUGUCGCAUAGAAGUAUGAGUAUGAGCAAAGCAACAAGCGUAAUCUAGACUCCAUUUUUUGAGUUCUAGUUCUUGUACUAACUUGUAUUGUCUUGUUUUAACUCCAACUACUUGCUACAACGCCUUCCUCUGUCUUCUUGAUGUCAACUUCAUGUACACGACGGAAGCUAUCGUCAAUAUAAUCUGUUUCAGGUAAGAUCCAACUACCCAUCUGGCUAUGGAGGACACGUACCACAGCUGAAGCAUGAUAUGUUGCAUUUGAACACAGCCCAGUAUGAGAAAAUGAAGCUUGCAAGUGUGGACCCAGGAAGGUAAAAUUGAUACAUGCGUCUUAAUAUUGAAGAUGGUGACUAUCUCUAUCCCCUCCAUCUCCCAUUCUUCAAAUGAAGAUAUCAAACUAAGUGUAACUACAACAAGGAACAACACCAAUAUCUUCUAUACCAUGCGCUCGCCAUGCCAUUUUUCCCUUUUCUCUUAUCGAGAAGAUUUUUUUUCAUGCAGUUUCACUUUCACUUUCACUUAAUACACUUUCUUCGCCGAUCAUCAUCGACACACAUUCUACAACAUAAACAGGGACACUUUUCCCUCGUUCAAGCAGCAGAAGGAUGGUCAAGCGACUUUUAGUCAGCAGGCACAGGCAUCGACACCUACAUUCGGCACGCUUCCGGACGUGCGAGUCCAGCCGCCAUGGGCCAUCACGCCACCGAUCUGCACCGUGCCAAGCUUUCGUGUGGUACUUACUUUUUCGAUGCCCAUAAUGAUUGAGAUUGUUCAUCUCUAUGAGUAUCAGUAUGAUGAUUAUAUGUGAUUUUUCAAGAAUCUCUUUCGGUGGAGAGGUUGAACAUGAACUCGGUUUUGAUAUUACUUCCAUUUUUAGUUUAUUAUCCCUCUUGCUCUUCUACUAAACCAGACUCCGAAUAUGACGGUUGCAACGAAGAAGUAAAUAUAAAAUUUCUAUCGAAAGCUGUGAAAUGAAAAUGUCGACGUCGAGGGAGGCUGAGGAUGAAAGUUGUCAGAAAUACUAAAACGCAUAACCCGACGAGCCGGGGGAAGCACGCACUGCAACAGUUGACGAGUUUUAUCAUACUCGUCUUCGAGAUAAAAUCUAGUACAAGCAAAAAUGAGAACUCAUCUACUUCUAAUCCCACUACUAAGCUUAUCCAAAAGAACAUGGCCAAGAUUACUAGCGGAAAUUUAUUCACCGUGACAGUGCCGACGUAAAUUAACCUAACUGUAGUACUAACGGAAAAUAGUUAUACGAGAUGGAGAUGCUGUGCUGCUGAAAAUACGUGAUACUUCUUCUAGUCUUUUAUCUGUGAGAAAAAAAUGCGCUUCGCGGCAUUGAAAUUGUCAACGAUGAGAAAACAUAUCCAACACUUGUCCUGAUUAAUAUCGAAUCGAACUGCAAGGGAAGAACGAGAAAUUCCUUGUAGAUAUAGAACGCGACAUUCAAUGACAUAAAAAUGAACAAGGCACUAGCACAGCAUGAAAAUGAACGGGAUACUAGAUAAUAAGGGCGACAUGAUGAAACUUGGAGGGGAAGCAGCUAUUUACUGAU